AGGAAGAAGCACUUUCAUGCUGAAUAAAAACUAAGAAGUGGCGGUGGUGAUAGAAAACGCUUAACCCUGCCACACCCAGAUUCACCCAACUGGGGAGCAAGAAGUGACACUGGAAAAAGAAACCCAAAUAAAGAGGAUGAGGCUGACGGAGAAGUAAAUGGCCACCUCCACCUCCCCAGAGACAAAGUCAGCCCCUUGGUGGAAUUAUUUUUUUCUUUAUGAUGGUUCCAAGGUAAAGGAGGAAGGAGAUCCAACCCGAGCUGGCAUUUGUUACUUUUAUCCUUCUCAGACCCUGCUCGACCAGCAGGAGCUGCUGUGUGGGCAGAUCGCCGGCGUGGUCCGCUGCAUCUCCGACCUCUCUGCCUCUCCUCCCACCCUCAUCCGUCUUCGGAAGCUCAAGUUUGCCGUGAAGGUGGACGGAGAUUACCUCUGGGUGCUGGGCUGCACCGUGGAGCUCCCGGAUGUCAGCUGCACGCGGUUUCUGGAUCAGCUCAUCGGUUUCUUCCACUUUUACAACGGGCCUGUUUCCCUGGCUUAUAAGAGCCGUUCUCAGGAAGAGUUGAGCUCCCAGUGGAACACCUUCAUCCAGCAGGUUCUGAGCAACGCCAGCGAUCUGCACAAGAUAUUCAAUUCCCUCUGGAACUUGGACCGCACCAAAGUGGAGCCCCUGCUGCUGCUGAAGGCCGCCCUCAUUCUACAGGCCUGCCAGCGCUCGCCUCACGUCCUGGCGGGCUGCAUCCUCUACGAAGGCCUGAUUGUGAGCACCCAGCUGCCGCCCUCCCUCACGGCCAAGGUCCUGCUGCACCGGCCUGCACCUCAGGACCAGAGACUGCCUGCAGCAGGGGCCGCCCCGCAGGAAGCAGGAGCAGCUUUCCCGCCCCACGUCCUGAUCACGCCUGUCUUCGUGACUGAAGCGGAAGCUGUGAGCCUCCGUGAGUUCCCAGCGGAGCGGGUGCCCGGCUCUCCCACGCUGCCAGCACGACUCCAGGACGCCUCUGCCCAGCAUGCUGCAAAGGGUCGGGGCACGGCCACACCGAAGGAACGUACCGCCAGGCACUCGGGAUCUGCGACCUGGACAGCAACGGCGGCUACAGAGUCCCCGAGCCCUGGCGGAGCGUGGCCAAGUGGCCGGCAGGAGAAUGGACAUGCGCCUGGCCGGGAGCUGGAGCCCCUUGGGUCUGCGGGACCGCCCAGCCCCGUCCAGGGCCAGGGUCUUGGCUUCAGCUGCUCAUGGCAGAAGGAGCCAGGCUCUCCCCCGGGAGAGCCGGACUUGUCUGAGGUCCGGAUUCCAGGAGCUCAGGAAGAGGGCGCGUCCCCAGGUCCUUUUGCUGUCCUACCUGAGCGUGCCCCGGGCGGCAGAGGUCCCUGUUGCGAGGGAGCUGUGAAUGGUGCCAGCAGUGUGGAGCCCACGGUGCCAGAGGACACGGCCAACAGCAGCCGCCUUUCUCCUGCCCCUCCCACCCCUGCCGAGAGGCUCGCCCAGAAUGGAGUCCUGGAACAGGGCGCGGACCUUCCCGCCACCAGCGGCCACAGCCUCGCUCCUGGAGCAGACCCUCCCCCCAGAAGGACCAGCAGGCCCUGGCCUUCGCCUUGCUCAGAUCCAGGGCAGAAAGAGAGGGCACUUCCCUGUGGGGAGCAGGGCGCGGCUCGGGGCGCCGACGGGGCCCACUGGAGCCUCGAGGCCCCUGGUUUGGAGUGUGGUUCAGACGCAGCGAACUCGCAGGGCGACAGGCCCCCUGCAGACAGAGCCCACGCGGGACUCGUCCCCAUGAACCUCUACACCCACAGGGUCAAGGGGCUGCGGCUGUCCCUGCUGGCCGAGGAGUCGCUGCUCGGAGACAGCGCGGCCAUCGAGGAGGUGUACCGCAGCAGCCUGGCGUCCCUGAACGGACUGGAGGUGCACCUGAAGGAGACGCUCCCGGGGGACGAGGCGGGCCCGGCCAGCAGCACGUACAACUUCACGCACUACGACCGCGUGCAGAGCGUGCUCACCGCGAACCUGGGGCAGGCGACCACCGCCCAGGACCGCCGCUUCCUGCAGGCGGUCAGCCUGAUGCACGCGGAUUUCGCCCGGCUGCCGGCGCUGUACGAGAUGACCGCCAGGAACGCCUCCACGGCCGUGUUCGCCUGCUGCAGCCCCGCCCAGGAGACCUACUUCCAGCCCCUGGCCCCCGCAGCCCGCAGCUCCGGCUUCCCCAGCCCCGAGGACAGCGCCUUCGGCCUCCCCGGCAAAGCCAGGCAGAAGCUGCUGAAGCACGGGGUGAACUUGCUGUGAACCGUCCUCAGCGCCGGGUGCGGGGGCAGCAGCCAGGGAAGCUCUGCCUUCUCAGCGGGAGACCCGUGGCUUCGCGUGGAACCUUCCCUUUGGAGGAGCAGGCGUUGGGGUGGGUCCCUGUGGGUGGUGGGGUGGUCCUUGGGUUGGCAGCGUGGUGCGGUUUGGUAAGAGCCCAAGAGCCCUCAGUUGGCCGUGUGGGCCAGGACAGACCAAAGAGGGACAGGAUCGGGCCGUUUCCUGUCACUGAGCGGAGGCUUCUGAUGUUCCGCUGCUGUGCCUCCCGGUCUGAACCGGUGCCAUAGAAUUCGGGCAUGUUUGCCAGAACCUGAUCGUCCCCAGUCCGGGGUGUUUGUGCAGCUCUGUCAUGAGGUGGGCAGGGCGAGAGGUCACCACCGGGAGGUGGGUCUGUUACCGGCCACGUGCGCCUCCUGAGGGACGCGCCGCCUUCAUCUCCCGGGCAGGCCCACCCCAGCUCUGAGCUGCCCCUCGGAGCCCUGCUGGGGCCAGAGGGAGCUCAGACUGCAGGUGUCACUUCAGAAGGUCCUCGAGCUGGAAGGCAGGCACAGCAGGACCGAGCCACGCGGCUGUGCUCGGGAGCAGCUCUGUGACUGCGUCCUCCCUAGUCGAUGUCCCCAGACAGGCGUUCCCAUGACACUCGGGACAGAGCAAGACCCUGUCCCCGAGGCUGUGGGGAGGGCACGAGGGUGGACGUGCAGACGUGCUGGUCAGAUCUGCGGGGCGCAGGCCGGGGCUCCGUGGGUGUUUGCUGGCACCCGGGCGGCUCUCGGCCUGCCCUGCCCUGAGUCCUGCUGGAGAGCAGCCGCGCUCGUGGCCGUCUGUAAGCGCGGUUCUAAGGGCUAAAAAUAAAACAGCCAAACGUG